CUCACAGCACGCACUUCAUCUAACUAUUUAAAACUGCCGUUUAAACUUAUAUGUAACUAUUGACUUCUUAUACACUUUGGCCACAACAAGAGAGAUAAUUACGUUUCAUAAAUAACGCCGUGAACAGUUUCAGAGAACACUGAACGCUCAGGCAUAAACGAGUAUGGACAGUUUCACACUGUUCGAGGAAAAGAUGCUCAACAUCAAGAAGUUGUGGAUAUAAACGAAAAGAAGCUCAUUCCUAAUAUCCUAUGGCUUGAAGUUUCAGGAUUCUUCCCUGGCCACAGCUCAUGGAUUUCCUCACGGAGUAUCCCUACAAUGACACUUAUUAUGACAACGGGACCGGGGCCCUCAACGGCACAAGCUGCGAGGCCAAGCAUCAGUAUAACUACUAUGCCAUGCUCCUGACUCUCCUCAUCUUUGUCAUUGUCUUUGGCAAUGUGUUGGUGUGUAUGGCAGUCUCUCGAGAGAAAGCGCUGCAGACCACCACUAAUUACCUCAUUGUCAGCCUGGCGGUGGCAGAUCUUCUCGUGGCCACAUUAGUUAUGCCCUGGGUGGUGUAUCUUGAGGUGGUCGGGGAGUGGCGCUUUAGUAAAAUCCAUUGUGAUAUAUUUGUUACCCUGGACGUCAUGAUGUGCACGGCCAGCAUUCUUAAUCUGUGUGCCAUUAGUAUCGACAGGUACACGGCUGUUGCCAUGCCGAUGCUGUACAACACACGCUACAGCUCCAAGAGACGGGUCACUGUAAUGAUCUCGGUUGUUUGGGUGCUUUCAUUCGCCAUUUCCUGCCCUCUGCUGUUUGGAUUAAAUAACACAGCUACCCGGGAUGGCUCUGUGUGUGAAAUUGCCAACCCCGCUUUUGUUGUCUACUCCUCUAUCAUGUCGUUCUACGUGCCCUUCAUUAUCACCCUCCUCGUCUACGUGCAGAUUUACGUGGUUCUUCGCAAGCGGCGGAAACGGGUCAACACUAAACGGAGCUGCCAGAAGACAGACGCUGAUGCUCAGCCCACUCUCAAGGAAAAGUGCACUCAUCCUGAAGAUGUGAAACUGUGCACCGUUAUCAUUAAGACCAACGGGGGUUUACCUGCCAAAAAUAAGAAAGCACAACUAAUAAAAGAGGUCCUGCACCAGGGUGAUGAUGUGGGGAUGGAAAUGGUGGCAGGCACCAGUCCGCCAGAAAAGAAAAAACUGGCAUCCUCGCUAGUCGUCGACUUGUUGGCCACCCCUCCGAGUCCCAAUCAUGGCUCCCCAUCCCACGCCGAAUACGGAGAUGAGAAAAACGGCCAUGCCAAGGACGUCCAGUCCCCAAAAGAAGCCAAACCUGUUGAAACUCAGGCACUGCCCAAUGGCAAAACCCGAACUACAGUGACCAAAACCAUGAGCAAGAGGAAAAUGUCCCAGCAUAAAGAAAAGAAGGCCACUCAGAUGCUGGCUAUCGUUUUAGGUGUUUUCAUUAUUUGCUGGCUGCCCUUUUUUAUUACCCACAUUUUGAAAACUCACUGCACGAGCUGCGUGGUGCCGCUGGAAAUGUACAAUGCCUUCACUUGGCUGGGAUAUGUGAACAGCGCCGUCAACCCCAUCAUAUAUACCACUUUCAAUGUGGAGUUCAGAAAGGCUUUCAUAAAGAUAUUGCACUGCUGAGGAUAUUAUUCACCACACACAUAGAGGAGAAGAGAUGGGAGAUUUCACCAGAGGUUAGUGCCAUCUUUCACCACCAUGUGAAAUGGGGGAUUUACAAAGCGGCGCUUUUAGGACAGAGCGGACGAAUACAUUACAGAAAAUGGAGGUUCAAAUGAAUGUAAAAGUAGAGUUUUAUUUAUGUGUCUCCAUUAUUUCUGACAGUGGAGUGCAUGUGUGCGGAUGUGUGUAUGUUUUUUUUUUUCUCUUCGCAGUGCGAAUGUGAUUAACUGUCAGGUAAAGAAGUGAAUCUGAGAAAUUGGAUCUUGCCACAGAGACUUUUAUGCAAGCAGGGAUCUGAAUGUUGUAAUUACAUCAUUAUAUAAAUUUAGUGGUGAGCAACUGAUUACGCAAUGCUUUGUUUAUUCGAGUAUUUAUUUAGCCAUCAAUUUAUUUAUUUGAUCGAGAGCUUGUUAAUAAAGGGAUUGAUAUUGUAAAAAAAAAAAUGAAGUGAAAAAAAUGUAUUUACGAUUUUAAAACCAUAACACAGAUAUUUUAAAGGUGCACUCAGUAAUCUUUUGUGUAUAUUGCACUGGCUCAUCUUAGACACUUACUGACACCUAGGGGCCUGGAGUGCAGAAUCAUGCAAUUUAAACAAAAAAUAAUAAUAAUAAAUAAAUCAGUUCCCAAUGUGUGUUCAGUUAAUAAUGUACUAUUUGCAACCAGACAUAAUUAAUCAGUGUACUCCAAUUUGCAAUAAUUACUUCAUGUGUAAUAAAUAAAUGAACUGGAAGAUCUGGAUUCUUUCAAAUUUCAGAUAAAAAUAUGAAAAAAAAAAUGACAAUUUAUGCUUUCUUAACUAUUCUGAAGAUAAAGCAUUGGCAUUGUGCUAUUAAAUGAGCAAUAUUAUACGGGUAGCAGUGCGAUAUGGCUGUAUAUUGGCAUUGGUGGGAGGCAUGCGUGGCAGUGACGAUUUACAGCCAUAUUACACUGCUAACAUGUGUGAUAUUGCGUUUAUACAACAGUUUUACAGCAUAAUCGUGUAUAUAAAAAAGAAAUCAAACACGGAGAGAACCCUUUUGUAUCAGGAAAUACUUUCUUCCGCCAUUCAUUCACAUCUACCACUGACGUCAGAGCAGCAGAAGCUAUUACUAAUUCACCAACAUCACUUUAGAGCUAGUAUUUGAAUGAUUCUCUAACGUAAUGUCUAAAGUGAUGACAAAACAGGUGAUUUUGCUCACAUUUUAAAAUGAUAAGGCUUCAGAGAUUUCCCAGUAUUUCUCUGUUGCAAUCGGGAGAUCACAAUAAUUAACCCAAAAAAAGCUAAAGCAACCCAAACACUACCAGAUUUGCGAACCCCUACCAGAUUAGGAAAAAUACUUAACACAUGCGGGCAUUUCUUCUUUCUUUUUACUGAACUAGUCUGCAGUAACAAAAACAGGAGACUCAUUAGAAACAAACAGAUGGCCAACCAAAAAGUAACUCAGGGUUAUAGAAAGAGUGUCCAACACAAAAUACAUACAUUCCUAAUAUGUGACUCCCAUCUCACACUUAAUACACUACAAUUACUAUGGUAUAAAUACAGCACUACAACAUACAAAAGUAAGUGAUCGACUUUGUAUGAUAUAUAGUAUCAUUAUAAGUAUCAUAUCAUGAUAUGACAGUUUUAUAAUGAUUUGAUCAGCUGUAGCUUAAAAUUACCCUAGGUUUUUCUUUUCUAAGGGCUUAUUAUGCGGUCUCUGUUGCCAUUUUGUGGAUGGCGCUGCAUUUGCAACAUGAUAAAUAUUUAAAAUAGGCACUUUCCUUAUAAAUAAACUGUAUAGUUGCAAUCUAAACAAGUACAUUCUCACCUAAAUAACCUCAAAAGUACAUUAUGUUGUCCAACAGCUUCAAUAUUUGUCAAACUGUAGUGAGUUUAUUGAUCUGCUGUCACUCUAUGUGGGCGGAGUAAUACAGAAGAGUGAGGAGGAUGCUUUCAGCCAAUCAGAUUCGAGAACCAGACAGAACUGUUGUAUAAAAUAGAAUGCAGACAUGCCUGAAAACAUUGCAGCUUUUUAUUGUCAGUAGUUUUCAGAAUAAAAGAAAAAUGUUUGGAAAAUUGUGUUAUUUUCAAAGAUUUCUUUGCAAUU